UGUAAACUACCCACCGGGGUACCCACGGAUAUCCACUACCCACAACUCCCCGCCAGGUACCUUUUAGAUUCCUGCAUGGAAGUGUAUUGUGGGUAAUGUAGAUCCAUCAUGGCGGCCACGCAUGAAGUCGCUCCAGACGCUUUACCGUAUUUUGAUCAAGGAUAUGAUGACCCAGGAGUUAGAGAAAUGGUAAACCAACUGGUUGAAGAAGAGACAAGACGUUACAGACCAACAAAAAACUAUUUGGACUUCCUUGCUACUCCAGAUUAUGAAGCAUUUGAGACACUGAUCCUGAAAAAGGAAUUUGAGAGAAUAAGCAAAAGACAACCAAUGGAUUUGCUAAGCAUGAAAAGAUAUGAGCUUCCUCAACCAACUGCAAACCAAAAACAUGACAUCACAUCCUGGACGGAAGCUGUGGAUAACUCCAUGGCUCAGCUGGAACAUCAAGCUGAGAGAAUUGAAAAUCUGGAGUUGUUGUCAAAAUAUGGUAGUGCUGCUUGGAGAAUCCACAAUGAAACUUUGACAAGAAUACUGGCUCAACAACAAAAGAAACUCAUGGACAUCAAAAAAGAAAUCCAGGAAGUCAACUGGCAGCGGAAAACUGAACAAACAAAGGCUGGAGAUCAACUUCAACAUCUGGAGCAAAGCUGGGUUGGUCUGGUGACAAAGAAUUAUGAGAUUGAACGAGCUUGUGCAGAACUGGAGGCUGAAGUCGAGAGACUCAAACAGCAACACGAUGAAAGAUGAUUGGGAAAGAACUUGUUGGUUUAACACAGCAUACAACGGCAGUUGUCAUGGUUUUGGUCGAGUUUUACUCAACAUUUUUGCACCGAUGUUUUAGCAACAAAAGAAGUGCAGAAAGAUUAUACUGUCGUAAACAAUUCGGACACGAUGGCUCAUUGAAGAACAGUAACGGGCAGUGCUGUUUGGCCAGAAUUAGUGAUAUAUAUGUAGCAUUACUCCUUCAACCUGUCUAAGUCGUGCUUUAAAGGAUACUUAACGAACUGACACUAUGUUACGACCAAACAAUUUAAGCGCCUGACCAUACAUACUGUAAUAAAAAUUUUUUUGAAUGGGA